AUGCCAUCCCAUAGUUCCACUCCUCGGAAAUGGAACAGAGUCUGGACGGUCUGCAGAUCCAUGCAGCAUGGAAGGUACAGCAACGCCUCCUCGCGCAUGCACAUGGCCCAGUCUGAGGGCCUUUCUUAA